CAUAGAUCUUUUGAAUUCAUCAUUUAUCAUUUGGGGUAGGAACGAUAGUAUUUUAUUGCUACAAGUAUGGAUUAUUGAAAAUAAUAAGACAUGUAUUUGGAUAUUUCCCUUGAACUCCGCAAUAUUUUUUAUUUGGCAUCAAUAGUUGAAGGGAAUUUUCCGAAGAGAAAAUGGAUUAUGGGAGUAACAAAAAAACCUGACUUGAAUGAUCCUGUAUUAAGAGCUAAAUUGGCUAAAGGCAUGGGUCAUAAUUAUUACGGGGAGCCCGCGUGGCCCAACGAUCUUUUAUAUAUUUUUCCGGUAGUAAUUCUAGGUACUAUUGCGUGUAACGUAGGCUUAGCGGUUCUAGAACCAUCAAUGAUUGGUGAACCGGCAGAUCCGUUUGCAACUCCUUUGGAAAUAUUACCCGAAUGGUAUUUCUUUCCCGUAUUUCAAAUACUUCGUACAGUACCCAAUAAAUUAUUGGGUGUUCUUUUAAUGGUUUCAGUGCCCGCGGGAUUAUUAACAGUACCCUUUUUAGAGAAUGUUAAUAAAUUCCAAAAUCCGUUUCGUCGUCCAGUAGCGACAACCGUAUUUUUGAUUGGUACCGCAGUGGCCCUUUGGUUGGGUAUUGGUGCAACAUUACCUAUUGAUAAAUCCCUAACUUUAGGUCUUUUUUAAAUUGAUUGAUUCAAUUGUGAAAUAAAAUAUCAGUAUGUAUCUAGGGAACAGUCGCUUCAAAGUGAAUUCUCCCUAGAUACAUCUAUUCUAUUAAAUUAUGAAUCUAUGCUGAUUCC